AUGGCUCUGAACUGUCAGGCUAAAAUUCGUUUGUAUAACACUGGCGAACAGUUAAAAAUCAUGAUAACUGAUUUGAAACACAAUCACAAAGUCGAUCAAGCCAAUAUGAAAUUUUAUGCUCGUAAUAGACGACUAGAUGAUUCAGCUACUGAAUUAAUCAAAAAUUAUGAUCAGCAUAAAGUACCGAGAAGUAUUAUUAGGAGUCUUAUUAUGGACAAAAAAAUAUGA